UAGAAUAAUGAGAUAACAAAAGAAAAGAAGAAAGUAUUUUAUCGCUUUUUUAAGUAAUCAUCUCUGGCUUAGGCUACGUACUUAAACGUACUUAAAGUAAUUAAAAAAUAUUUAAUUAUUUGCUCGGCUUUUUUAAAUAUUAAGCAAAUGUGUGCGUCCCAAGAGAACUCAUCCAAUUCAAAUUCCGAAAGCAAUGAUGCUAAUGAAAACAGUGUCAGCAGGCCUAAUUCGCCCAUACCGGCAAUAACAUCCGCCGAGGAAAUUUUAGAAAAUUAUGGAGCAAAUUUUAAAAUUUUAGAAUGUAAUUCCCAAGUAGCCGAACUCCUGACGAUAAUACGCGAUAAAAAUACUACUCGUAGCGAUUUCAAAUUCUAUGCCGAUCGCUUAAUACGUUUGGUAAUUGAAGAAUCGUUAAACCAAUUGCCAUAUUCAGAUUGUUCUGUGGAAACACCUACAGGUGCAAUUUAUGAAGGUCUGAAAUAUCGUUCUGGCAAUUGCGGAGUUUCAAUCAUACGUUCUGGCGAGGCAAUGGAACAGGGUCUUAGAGAUUGUUGUCGUUCCAUACGUAUUGGUAAGAUUUUAGUAGAAUCAGAUUCGGAUACCCAUGUCGCACGUGUUGUUUACGCACGCUUUCCUGAUGAUAUUGCACGCCGUCAAGUGCUACUUAUGUAUCCUAUCAUGAGCACCGGAAAUACCGUAUUACAGGCCGUCAAUGUGCUAAAAGAACAUGGAGUACCUGAAAGUAGUAUAAUUUUAUCGAAUCUUUUUUGCACUCCAAUUGCUGCUAAAACAGUAGUUACUGCUUUUCCAAAAUUAAAAAUAUUAACGUCGGAAUUGCAUCCUGUUGCUCCGAAUCAUUUUGGCCAAAAAUAUUUUGGUACCGACUAAACAUAGAUAUAUAGAUAUAUCACAUCUUCGAGUAAUAAAAAAAUAAAAAAAUGUUAAUGAUGACGGCACAGCAACUACAAUAAAAUAUGUAUUUAUUCAGCGUAAGUUGUAGUUUUUAGGAAGCAAUCAUACAUUUUUGUACUUGCACAAAAUAUUGUAAAUAUUGAAAGCAAAUUAAUAAUUUAGGAAAAUAAAACAAGUAAUCUCGUAAAACAUAUUUCUUAAUGCCUUAGGCUCCCAUCCUUGGAACAACUUAAAUUAAACAGGAGUCACAGGUAAUCACAAAAUCGAACCAGAAGUUAAAACCUUUUCACUGAUUGUUUUUAAUAUGUUAAUAAUUUAUAAAUUUAUUGCUAAUUUGUUUUACUACUAUUUCAAUAUUGUGUAAAUGUUUAAGCGGAUAUUUGCAAGAAGUUAUGAAAUUAAUAAGCAAAUAAGCAUCUGGCAUGUAAGGAAGACCUUUCUACUGUUUCGGAAGAUGUUAAAUGCGAAAUGUAAAAUUUUUUUCUCAGAUCUGUUAAAGUGAGAGAAAAAAUUGUAAUUGAUAGUGAUUAAGACCUUUUCCAAAAAAAUGGUGUAUCGCGCAAUACGCCAAACGACGCAGCUAAAGAUGGCUAAAACGAGCAAAUACAGUUUUUCCUAUCUAAAAAAACAAAAACAACAUACAAAUCGUGCAAAUAAAAAGUAAUUUGAACGUAGAAAGUUUUCUAGGAAAUAAAAAUUUACAUUAAUAAACCAAGAAAAAGAUCGAAAUUAUAUGCUUUUGUACCAAUUUUUUUCCUAUUCCAAAGAAUGCCAUGAAAAAUUAUAUACUUUUGACUUAGUCUGA